GUACAGUUAUCGUUCUUUUUAACCGUUAGUCAUACUUAACAUAUCGAUGUAAACAAAUCAAAAUUAUCAGAAAUAUUUGUUUGUUGCGCUUCAAAAGGUGUCAUGGAUUUUAACGUUCAAAUAUCUGGUGCUUCAACCGAAAUACAAAUAGGAGAAUCAGGCAUUGUGUAUUUCACAGGAAAGGAAGAAUAUAAACGUGCUUACGAAGAUAUUAUAUCAUUGGAGAAAUUAUCUGGUGACGGAAAAGCAUGUAGACUUCACUACAUACAAGAUCACCCGUUUCCAAAUCACAAGUUGACGAAAGAAUAUUUAAAUAUUACAUCAGAGGAUAAGGUUUUAAGAGAUUUUGAGGAAACGCUUUCUAAGAAAAUCAGUGCAGUUACAAAAAGACCGCGGAAAUUAGCUGUGUUUGUCAAUCCAAUUGGUGGAAAAGGAAAAGGUAAACAAAUUUGUGAUGAAAAAGUGGUACCAGUUUUGCAGCUAGCAGGGAUACAGACAGAUGUUGUUGUUUCACAAAGAGCGUACCAUUUUAAAGAAAUAACAGAGAACUACGACUUUAAUUCUGUGGACGGGUUAAUUAUAAUGGGAGGUGAUGGAACAUAUUCAGAAAUAAUAAAUGUUCUGAUGAGAAAAAGGCAACAUGAAGCUGGUGUAGAUUUCAACAAUAGUUCCUCUCUUUUGAAAACGAUGGAUUUCCCUAUUGGCGUUAUACCUACAGGGUCUGCUUGUGGACUUGCUAAACUUGCACAUGGAGUAUUUGAUGUAAUGACAUCAGUUCUACACAUUAUAAGAGGUAGAACAGACCACUAUAACACAAUUGGUGGGUUCAAUAACAACAAACUGAUAGGAUAUGGAAUCAUAUGUUUUGGUUAUGUUAUGUACGCCGAUCUGAUGUAUGAUACUGAUGUUAACUAUCGAUGGAUGGGAACAUUCCGUUAUAUAUAUGUGCCAUUCAGGAACGUUUUUAUAAAGCCACUCAGAGAGGUGGAAAUGGAAAUAACAUACGAAUAUUUAGAAAAUAGAGAGUCGGGUAGUACAACUGAAGAGGAAAAGGCUAAUUUGCAAGUUACAGAGACGAAAAGAAUAACAAAUGUAAUAGGUGGAACAGGCGACGUAGAUUUUAAAGACCGGCCAUAUGAUAAACAGCCAGCAAAAAAAGACCAGUUUUUUAUGUUAGAAUAUACUAUGUGUGGGAGAUGGGCUCUGGCUAAGCAUUUUGUCAAUCUGUACCGACUUACGGAGGAGCAUCUGGAUUCGGUCAAACAUUUUGUGAAUUACAAUAGAAUAAAAUCCGUACGUCUGAGAGCCACGGAAAACAAUGAUCCUAGCCAGCGUGAAAUGAAUCUAAGGUUCAACAUUGAUGGAGAGAGUCACCAAUUAGAAACACCAGACGUAUAUAUCAAAUUGUUUCCUCGAUGUUUAACAUUAUAUACCUCUUACAAAGGAUCAUGGAGAUUUUAGAUUUCAAACUUCAACGUACAUACAGUUUUAGUAGUUUUAAAUCAAUUGUUGUUUUUAAAGUAUUUUUCAAAUUGAUAUUUCGCAAUACAAAUACACUAUAAAUUUGGUGAUUUAUGUUCGAAAUCAACUUCAUCACGAUUUUAAGCUUUACAAACUUAAUUUACUUGUAGAUGUAAAAGGUUCUGGACGAUUCUCUUUUUGAAAGAAUAAAACUAAAUGCUGUUUGUUUCAAAUACUAAUUGUAUGUAGUAUAAUAUGUAUGGUAUUGUGUUAAGUAUGUGUAGCAACUUCAAGCUAUGUAAUAACUGAUAAGUUUGGAAUUGUAUACUAUGUAAAUGUAACCUUUUAUGUUUUAAUCAACGACUUCACAAAUAUUAUAUAAGUCGGAAAAUAGUAAAACAGUCUUCUUCCGUUUUAUGUCUCUAAAAACACCGGAAAGGGCCUCCUUUGUGCACAAAGGAGCGCAAUGUAGCACAAAAGAAAAAAAAAAGAGGUUUGUUUUAUUUUAUGAAUAAAAUAAGAUGUUGGGUAUACGUCAAUGAUAGAAUUGAGAAUGGAAAUGGGGAAUAUGUCAAAGAGACAAAAAUCCGAACAAAGAGCAGAAAAAAGCCCAAGGCCACAAUUGGGUCUUCAAGGCAGCGAGAAAAUCCCGCACCCGGAGGCGGGCUACAGCUGACCCCUUCCCGAAUCUAUUUACGCUGUGAAUAUUGUAUAAAUAAUUAAAAUUAUAAUUUACUUUUGUGCUUGUCAGUUAAAACAACUAAUAUGUUUGUUAUUUGGACCUAGAAGUCGUUCUGAAUAUGUCUGAAAUAUUUGUCAAUGGCCGUUAAACAAACAAUUUUAUAUUGCUUUAAUUUUUUUUUGAUAAAAAUUUUUUUUUUUCUCACUUACGCAAUAAAACUAUGUUUUUUUCAAAUUUAUAUCGCUAUGAAGAAAAUGUUUCACAAGACGCAAAAAAUGUCUUUGAAUAGUGGUGUCGGAAGAAUUUUAUGAUCCGUAUUCACUUUGUUUUAUCGAAUUUUAUUCUGGGCAAAUUCAAAGUAUGAACUGAAAUUUUCUUACUUAACGAAUCUUGUAACGAGAGUGUCACAUCAUGAAUCUAUGGCUUUGAAUGUUUCUAUGAAAGAAUUCACUCAUUAUAAACUUUCUUAUAAAGUGUUUUUUAUUUCCCCUCCUUUUUUACUUCAAUAGACUAAUAUAAGGAGGUUCAAACUUGUAUUAGAAUAUAAUCUGGUUGAAUAGACGAUGUGUUUGAUCAACGCUUGUGUGAUCUAUAUUAAAAAAAACAUGUGUAUUUUGCAUACGUUUGAAAUUUUUAUUCCAAAUAGUUUUCUUGCUUUUAAAAAAUGCUCUUAAACACUGAUGAUUAAUUGUGAAGAAUUUCGCCUCAUUUAUAUUCAAUAGUUUUUAUUUGUGAAAAUUGUACAAACAAUGUUUACUUUAUUUUUUUCUGUUUAAUGUACAGCCUUUAUUUAUAUGUUCAUGUUUUACAAUAUUUUGCAAUAUAUAUGUAUAAUAAAAUCGUCGAUAAUUGAUAA